AUGGGGUCAAAAUCAUCAAAGGUGAUCAAAACAAAACAACGACCACGUACAAAUUCAUCUUCUAUUGUCAUGACAGACCAACAAUCAUCAAGUACUCUUUCCGAUCCUCAAUAUUGCAAUCUUUCGAGUAUUUAUUCGGAUCCUUGCCACUUAUUUUCUGUGGCUACAAAGAAAUUUGUCAGUGUUGAUUUUCUGAAGAAAUUGGAGGGAAGAGUAGAAAUCAAGGAUUUUAUUGGAGGCUCACAACAUUUGUUUGUGUGGUUGGAGGAUGAUCCUUAUGAAAAUUUCAUUCCCAACAAGGAAUAUAUUGUCAAUGUAAAACAUAAUUUGUAUGGCACAUUGGAAAAUGAUUAUGGACAGUGUUCAGAGUUGACACCAAAUCAAAAAGUCAAAUUGGAUUUGAAGGAGAGUGAUUUUUUGGCAAAAUUAAAGAAGGACAAGGAUAUUAUAGCCAAGGCAUCAAAUCAAGUUUGGACUUUGAACAAUUAUUCAUUCUUUCAUAUUAUUACUAGAGGAGAAUAUAAUAUGGAACUAGUGCUCGGAAGUGGAUGGAAUAAUGUUGGAUGUUGCUCUGUUGGAGAAAGUACUAGUAGUAUUGCUGAAGCAAGACCUGUUAUAUUCGAUAUUGAAGGAAAUCAUACACUCUUCUUGCCAGAAGGACAGGAAAUUACGCAUAUUUGUACAGGGGGCUGUAACUCAAUUAUUGUCUCGAAAGAUAUUCACACAAAUCAGCAAUUUGUCUAUGGAUCUGGAGAAACUUUCCGUCAUGUUAACUAUGACUAUGCUGCCACUUCACUGUUCACUUUGAAUAAGCAAAUGUGUCAGGAUAUAGGCUCUGGAAGAUUCAUUAAGAAAGCACUCUCAGGAUAUGGUUCAAGCCAUUUUUUACUAUCGGAUGGUAUUUUACUGACCUAUGGAACCUAUCCUCUGAGUAGAUCAGGUCUCCAUAAAAUCGACUCUUCAAUGAUUCGACAAGAGACCAUCUCAGAUUUUAUUUGCUACGAAGAUUUGUUUGCAAUUUUAACUAGAGAAGGAAAUAUUUGGGUAUCUUCAGCUGAAAGAGCAUUGACUGUGAGUGAAUUUGAACCAGGAACAAUCGUUCAAAUGGUACCUUCACUUAGAUUCAAUGCCAUUACUUUAAGAACAAGAGAUGAUGAUAUUCUUCUCAUCUCAGACAGAGAUUUUGAAAACAGCCAGACGCUUAAUGAGAAACUCUUACAACCUCUAACAUUGGACUCAUUCAUUACUCAAAUGGGAUUGACAGGAACUGAAGAAGAUGAACGUAAAUUAAGAACUCUUGCCAGAUUAGCUCAAUGCCAAGAAUUUAGCAUUUCAGUUCAUUGUCUACACAAUUUUGUUAUAGCUUUCAAACCAAAUCAAAAGAAGAAUGCUGCCAAGAAGAGAAUGUUACAAAAACUCAAAGAACAAUUACUUUCCUCAUCCAAUCCUUUCCAAGAUUUAACCUUUGUGUAA